UCAAAGUAUUUGCAUCUCAUUCUCCCUUUUUUGCUCAUCAUCAACCUUUUGAAUGGAGUUCUUUCAAAAGGCUAAAGUGGUGCGCUUGAGAAGCCACCAUGAUAAAUACAUGUUGGCUGAUGAUGAUCAAGAAAAUGUCUUCCAAGACCGUAAUGGGUGCUACAUGAAUGCUAAAUGGAUUGUGGAUGUUGUGGAGAAUUCCAAUUUUAUAAGGCUGAAGAGUUGUUAUGGAAAAUACUUAACAGCCUCAAACAUGCCAUUCAUAUUGAGAGGCACAGGAAAAAAAGUGUUGCAAACAUUGCCUACUAGGUUAAAUUCUUCAAUUGAAUGGGAACCUAUUAGAGAGGGGGUUCAGGUGAGGCUAAGAACACGCUAUGGCCAAUAUUUACGUGGUAAUGGAGGGUUGCCACCUUGGAGGAACACCAUCACCCAUGAUGUUCCACACAGAACAGCAACAGCUAAUUGGAUUUUAUGGGAUGUGGAUAUUGUGGAGCUUCGUCCACAAACACAAGCUCCUAAACCAAGACCAAGGCCUACACCUAUUACCCCACCUAAUCAUUCUAUGAAUCCAACCCCAACAAAUCUUUCACCUUGUCCUUCUCCUUCAUCAUCACCAUUAAUUUCGGAGAUGGAUUCCUUGGUCAAGAUUGAUCUCAGGUCUCCCACAACAUCUGAGUCCGAAGAUGAAAUAGAAUGCUUGUCACCGUUGAAAGAAGGAAGAAUUAUAUUUUAUGAUGUGGGUAAUGAUAAUGGUGAUAUUGAUGAUGCAAAAAAAGAGUCAUUCUUUACCUUUAAAGGAAGUUGUGCGAGUGAGUUAAAGGAUAAAUUGAAAGAGGAAACAGGACUUGAUGAUAUUAUUGUAUGUUGCCGCAAUCCGUUGACUACAAAACUUUAUCCACUUCACUUACAACUACCUCCUAAUAGCAUUGACAUGCAUGUAGUUGUGGUUCCUUCUUCAUUCAAACGCGUAGAGUGGUUGAGCACCAUUGGACCUGUGACAUUUGACUUCUCAGUUUCAUCCAUGUCCUUUACGCUUGAUGAGGCUCUGAUUCUUCUCCAAGGGGAUAACAUGCACACCAAGGAGGUUUCCUAUCAAUAG